AUGCGUGACAACAAGCGGCCAACCACAUCUGCAUUCGAGACGCCAAUAUAUGCCGACUCAGGAUUUGGUAUACUAGCUCGUGUACUGGAGCGUCUGACCCGCCUGGAAUAUGGCCAGGCUAUACACAACACUUUGUCCGUACCUCUUGGCCUGAACGCCAUCUCUACCUUCAAGCCGGAAGGAGACGCAGUAGAUGGCCUCAUCGUGCCUGGCAGUCUUGCGGAGUCUUCAUGGGGUUUCGACAAUCAAAUUACGGCAGGUUCGGGGGGCAUAUACGCCAAUGGUGCAGAUCUGCGAACUAUCGGUCUUUCAAUUCUACACUCUCAGCUUUUACCACCAGCAGCAACACGACGUUGGAUGAAGCCACUAGGGAGCGUCGCCGCCCUUUCAGAGUCCGUCGGUGCACCUUGGGAAAUAAAUCGUCUCGCCCUUCCAGUCACGUCAAAUUCCACCCGCACUCGAAUUUCUGAUCUCUACACUAAGGCUGGAGGUCAAGCUGGGUACGGUUCAAUAUUUGCUCUGUCACCUGACCACAAUAUCGGAUUCACGAUAAAUGUCGCUGGCGCCACUGCUGGCCGAGAUAGAUGGGUGCUCCGCGACCUCGUUGGUGAAACAUUCGUGGUGGCUGCGGAGCACGCCGCUGCCGAAUAUGCUGCUCAAAAUUAUGUUGGAACAUUCGUGGACGACUCAAUAGAUGGUACAAAUCUUACUGUGACAGUGGACGACGACAAACCUGGGUUAGGUCUGGCGUCCAUGUUCUGGAACUCGACUGAAGUGCGUACUGCGCUCGUCAGCUUACAACCGUUACCGAUUCCAGCUGAGAAUGUCACGGUACGACUGUACCCUACGGGACUUCAAGAUGGAACGAGGAGGGUGUUUCGAGCGGUAGUGGAGUAUUAUCCGAUUGAACCUCGUGCAGCAAUCGAAGGUGGACAGGGCUUGUUCAAUAACGGUUGUACAGCUUGGCUGUCGGCUGCUUUCUAUCCGGAUUCAGACUCACUGACAUUGGAUAUUGUGGAUGGCCAGCUAGAGAGCGUGACAAGUGUCCUGUUCAACAGUACUAUGAGGCGAGUUGCUUAG